GGCAAUUUGAAGGAAUACAAUAACGGCUUCACUUUUGGUAUUUAUUUUCUUUUGGGUUUAAAAUAACAUUAUUAAUUUGAUUAAAUAAAUAUAGUUAUGUUAGAACAAGCGUUAGAUGAUAACAUUUCGGAUAAUGAAGAGGAGGAAAGUUUUUUCCAAGACGUUGAUAUUUUACAAAAGCAUGGUAUAAAUGUCGCUGAUAUAAAAAAAUUAAAAGGUGCUGGAAUUUGUACAAUCAAGGGCAUUCAAAUGUCUACAAAGAAAAAACUGUGCAACAUAAAAGGAUUUUCUGAAACAAAAGUUGAAAAAAUUAAAGAAGCAUGUUUAAAAAUUAACACUUCCGGUUUUUUAACUGCUUUAGAAGUAAGCGAACGUCGUAAGCAUGUAUUUAAAAUUAGUACAGGAAGCACGGAAUUUGAUAAACUACUAGGCGGCGGUAUAGAGUCAAUGGCGAUAACCGAAGUGUUUGGAGAGUUUCGGACAGGCAAGACUCAGAUGUCGCACACACUGUGCGUGACUACACAAAUACCUAACUCGUCUGGCUACGGCGGAGGAAAGGUCAUGUUCCUCGACACUGAACAUACAUUUCGGCCAGACAGAUUGCGGCUAAUUGCUGACAGAUUCAAUUUGGAGCAGACCGGCGUCCUUGACAACGUGUUGUAUGCAAGGGCAUAUACUUCUGAACAUCAGGCGGAGCUUUUGGACUUUGUGGCUGCGAAGUUUCAUGAAGAGGCCGGCGUAUUCAAGUUGCUCAUCAUAGACUCGGUGAUGGCGUUAUUCAGAGUUGACUACUCCGGGCGUGGCGAGUUAGCCGACCGUCAACAGAAGCUAGCGCAAGUUCUUUCACGUCUGCAAAAGAUAUCAGAGGAAUAUAACGUGGCGGUGUUCAUAACGAAUCAAAUGACCGCCGAUCCUGGUGCCACAUUGUCAUUUCAAGCUGAUCCGAAGAAGCCCAUCGGUGGGAACAUUCUGGCCCACGCUUCUACCACCAGGCUAUACCUCAGAAAAGGCCGGGGGGAAAACAGAAUCGCAAAAAUAUACGAUUCACCAGACCUGCCUGAAAGCGAAGCUACGUUUGCUAUAACCGGCGGUGGAAUUGCUGAUGCUAAGGACUAAAUUAUUUUUUAAUUUUCAAUAAAACUCAUUUUGUAUUUACUUAAAUUAAUAAUACUGUUACUUAAUUUAAUAAAACUCUUUUCAAUAAACUGUUUAA